AUGAACUUGUUGUGGUUGCAGUUUCUCUUCUCAAUUUGCACGCUACUCUGCCUUCACUGUAGACUGCCUAUAAAUUUGUACAUUGUGGGUAAAGAUUGUGAAGAAGAAUAUAUAGUUGCAAGGAGUGAGGAUGAAGCUCUUGGGAAAGCUCAAGAGAAGUAUGGAAAAGAUGCAAAAAUAUAUCAGGAACCGGAUGUUCUUGACACAUGGUUUUCGAGUGCACUGUGGCCUUUCAGUACUCUUGGAUGGCCAGAUGAGUCAAUUGAGGAUUUUAAGCGGUUUUACCCUACAACAAUGCUUGAAACUGGGUCAACUAACCAGCUGGACCAAACUUUAUAUGUAUGCCACUGGAAGGAAAUGGAGCUUCAGGAUUAGUCUUACCAAAAGCUUUUAUCAGAAUUGCCAAAAGGAAAAAUCCUGGGCAGGGUUUUUUGGUUAGGUUAUUUUAUUUGUGUCAUGAAGUUCAAGCUCCUAAUAUUUGGAGGAACACGGGAUGAGUUGGGUUGUUAGUGGAAUGAGUUGGUUUUAUGGCUUCCCCUUGGGCUUCAGUAUCUUCAGAGUUUACUGUCCAGCUAUAUUUUAUUAUGGUUGGAGUGGCUGAUGUAUUUUGGUAUUCAUUUUCUUUGCUGCCAUGUAAUACUAUGAGGUACAGCUCUGUUUUGUUUAGCCUAGCUGGACGACUGGA